AUGGCGGCGCAGCUGUAUUCCGACACGCAGAUAGCAGAGUGCCUGUAUGAGGUGCUCAGCGAGCUGGUGGAGGACGGGUCCAUAGAGGAGAAGCUGGCGGUGGCCACGCUGAACCAGCUGAGCGAGUCCGUCCUGAGUGCGCUGACCAACCAGGUCCCGGCCAAGGCCGACAUUAAGGCCACCCUAUCAAUGUACAAAUACCUGGACAAUGUUUGGCAGUUUGUGAUGACCAACGUGACGUUCAGGCUCAACCCCCAGGGCCAGGGCUCCCUGCGCAAAGCAGCCGAGCUGAAGGCAGACAAGCUGAAGCUCAUCUGCGUCGACGCAAAGCUGGCCACGGCAGCUCAGCAGGACGCGGGCGCGGGCGCGGGCGGCUCCUGA